AAUCAUCCUUGUUAGCUCCCCUUGUAGUCCCUUUCUCGUCGCUAUUUAUAUCGCCGCAUCCCCACACAGUGACACCACGGGGACACACGGGACUUAAGCUGUACUUGUUGGGGGUCCCGGGUUGAUCGGCCCUUCUACCAGCAGUGCGCUGGUGGUGACUGAGCUCUUUGCCCCAGUAGCCUACAGUACUUACUACGUACGCUGUAAGCCGAACAUCGGAGAGCUCUCUCCACACCGCUUGACCUGUCGGCAAAUGCCUGUUACGCUGGGCUGUCCAUCAGCGCUUCAUAUCAGCAUUCAGCUGAUACCACCCCAGUAUUUCCAAUUGCAUCAAUAUUUCUUCUUACAACGUAGAGAGAGAGAGCGAGACAGCUCUUUGACAGUCUUCCCAAAACUCUCGCCUGAACAAGCUCCAGCGGCCAGCCUCCGCCAUCCUUGACCCCCUUAUUAGUUACUAGUACUGCACAAAAGACCGGGCAACAAAAACCUUACAACCACAAUGCCGAACCCAUACUACACAUUCCCGCCUGAUGCUCCCCUAAACUUCUCUCUCUACUGCCACAAUCGGUCCGACAAGUCGCCACCCCUACGGCCCCGUCUGCCGCAAUGUCGACGUCGCGGUAUCACUCAUCCGCUUCCAGACUGGGUCGACUCGCCCUUCUCCGAUCCUUGGGCAUACACAUCCCCGCAGGCUCAUUGUACACUAUAUACGGCCCUCCCGCCUGAAAUUCGGUUUUUGAUAUUCGAAGUUUUGUUGGGCAAUCGAGUGUUGCAUGUGGAUACCAGUUACUACCGGGGAUACAGAGUGCUCAAAGCCUGCCGGCACACUGGUGCGAGGUGGGAUCGGAAAUUUUGGGACACAGUUAUCAGCGGCUACAACGAGAACAGGAAAGUGACCUGUCAGUGUGGCAAUGGAUCAGAGGAUAGCCUGUAUUUAGAGAUUUUAAGAACUUGUAGGAGGAUAUACUCCGAAUGCAUCCCUCUCCUCUACACUAGAAAUAUCUUCAAUUUCAAUAGAGAUGCAGACACCUCCAUCUUUACAUCUCGACCUUUGCAAAAGCGCUUCCAAUCCGUCUCAUCCAUAGAGUUUAACUUAUCGAACACACCACACCGCAAUGCAUAUCGCUUGCCCGUCACGAGAUCAGCGACGUACCAGAAACUCCUAACCUCGCUCUCCUACAUGGCCCCCGUGAAAAUAGUCCGGCUGCACGUAACAAACCUCCCAGAUAGAGCCGGUGAGCAUGAUCCCGGUGACGUGGAAGACGCGAUCAAUUUAAGCUGGGAGGAGUUGUGGCUAGGGCCCGUGGACAAGCUGGUCCGGCACCUGGCAUCCACGUUGGAGGAGUUGGAGUUUGUGAUGCCGGCGCAUUGCUUUGACUUGCUUUGUCGUGGUGAUAAGGCGGGUGCUAUUGGCGGUGCUGGUGGGGUUGAGGAGACAGUCUUUUGCAAUGAGCUGCGAGGUGGGAAACGCUGUCGAAGAUGGCUUGAGGGGGUGAGCCCUGGGGUGCAGUAUUGGAUCUCGUGCCCUGCCCGGGACCCGAGCCCGGAUGCUUGAUGAUGUGAAUGCAAUCGGGGGGUUGUACCGUCUCUUUACUACUUGGAUGAGAGGCUGGUGUCGUAGGGGCCGAGCAACUCUGUACGUUUUGGCUUGCGUACAGAUAUAUAUGUAUAUACUAGUAUUUUUUGCACCUUGUAAAGUGUGCCGUUACGCUAAAUUGAAAUUCCAGGGUUGGUGCCCUGUAGGUAUUGAGAGGAGGCUCUGAAACACGACCAUCAUGUCAAAACUGACUCUGACUUCCCAAUUCGGUAAAUUCUAUUACCUUAUGGGUCGUCGCCUUUUGAAAACGCCUCCCCCUCCCCCGGGCCAGAAAGAGGUCAGAGGUUUAUUGCCAACGCGGGAGUUGUCGGCGCUAUGCUGAUCAGCACAACGUUGUUUGAACAUUGAAAUUCCCCAGAUAGACCCCGUCCAAACAGUGUGUUGCAUUUGUUGAAAUGGAGUUCUUGGGCCCAGCAAACCAUUUCCAGUUCCUGAUGCAGCAGCCCCAACGUGGGCAGAAACAUGUGGAAUGGAAUCUUCAUGCGGAAACAAGAGGUUUGUUAGCUUCUAUGUGGGUGUUGUGCCGGACAUAAAAGAGGAGGGUAGACAGAGACUCCAUGACAGAUUGAGCGGGGAAGGACCAGAGUGUGGUGUAAGGAUUCUCAUUGAAAGAUUGAGAAUAUGAAGAUAGAAAAAUUAUCAGUGUUGUCAAAGAACACUCCGAUCUGAGAAUAAAGAAGCAAGAAAAAAAGAGUGAGAAGUUGAACAAGAUCUGGGAUUAUAACGUCAGAUCUCCCAGGGGUCAAAAAAGAAACAUUACAGAAUAAUUCCUCUCAUUUCAGCUUUUCAGGUAGAGUCUUCCAUAUUUAGGAAGGACCCAAAGAUUGAGGCGGCAGAUGAGGAGCUUGAACUGUUGCAAAGCCUGUUCAAUUUGAGUCUCAGCCUUGCCAGGUAAGGGUCCAUUCAAAGAGUUGUAAAACUGAUCAGGAGGUUUAGUUGAUGAAAGUUUCAGGAGUUUUCUUGUUCUGAUGCUUCCUCUCGUCUCCUUUCGAGGGUAUUCAGGAAAUCUUGGACCUUCUUCAUUAGUCCUCUAUCAGAGGUUUGCUCUUGGAAUGUUGAGAAUUGAUGAUGUUUAGAGCUUGGCCUUCGCUCCUCUUCUUCAUCCUCCAGUCCAGAAUUCAGAGCUCUUGGGUUUCAGCCCCCUGAUCUCUUGGUCUUGCUCUGGACCAGGUUCUCUCACCAGUGCGAAUUCUCUAACCUCCACAACGGCCAUAAUAGAGAGGGGUAAAGAGAUUGAUGGAUUUGGAAAUUGAACCCUAUCUUCUGAUGAGUCAUGACAAAGACCUGAUGACAAGGGGUUGCAGCAGAAUCAGUGCAGAGAAUAAAAUGCAGCAGAAGGGUAUAAUAGGAAGAUGAAAACAACAAGAGCAAGAAAAUGAAGACAAUCAACAACAAUAACGGAUGCUAAUAGAAUGCUUAUGGAGUACCACAAAAAAGGGAAACAGAAGAAAUAGGUGAGGCUGAGGAAGGAAUGGCUUCCAAGGCUGUUCUGGUGGGCUCUAUCUUAUACAUGUGGCCUUAAGUAUCAACCUUGGAAGACCGCCAAGGGCAGCAUACUUCAACCACCAAUAAUGGUAAUCAGCCGAACCUCCGUGUCUCCAGUUCCUCGUUGAGUGUUGGGAAGACAGCUUUGGCAUACGGACAAGCGGGACCAAGUAGGGGACACGAAAGUACAGUACAAUAAACCCGAUCUGGCCGCUUACGCCUUAAGCCCUGCUUUGUGUAACCAGUGAGUCCCGCCAACUUACGUCCUUGUCACUCUCAGCAAUCAAACGGCCAAUAUUUCAAGAAUACCUCCCUAUCUUCCUCAUUUUUCACAAGCGCAUCCAUGAGCUCGGAUUUGAUCUCCAUCAAUUUAAUCAUCACGACUUCGUAAUUGAGGCCCUGUUCAGGCCACAAGUCCCCUAACCGCUCCUUGAUUGUAACCAUAACUUUAAUACCCAUAUCAGCAGCCUACACAUCAUUUUCAAUUUCGGUGACUUCGUCUUCUAAGAACUCAAUCGGGAAUUUUGGAUCCGAAUACGAAGACAUUUGCCACCACUCAUCCCUUACAUCGAGCAAUAACGCUCGAGCAUGCGCUUCACCAAGCACAGCAAUAUUUUGGAUAAGAUGUCCAAGAUGGCCGGCUUUAGAUCCCCUGAAUUGAAUGGCGCUAUAUUGGGCAGGGUUCUUGGCUUUCACCACCGUCCGCCAUGCAAUCAUGAGGCACUUGGUGUAGAAUUGUUUUAUAGCAAUGGCGCGGUCAGGCGGAUCGAGGUCGUCGACAUAUUUAGGUAUUAUAGGAGGUUCGAGAUCAUCUCCUACGUCUGGUCCCUUAUAGCCUAUGAAAUCUGGGUCCAGGCAAUGGUCAAAUAGAGGCAUUAUCUGAACAGACUGCCAAUCAAUAAUGCCGAGAAUUUCUCUGGGGUUGGAAGGGUUGACAUAUAUGUUUUCCAAAUGGGGAUCAUUAUGCCAGAGGUGGCCUGUGGUAAAGGCCGGUUCCUUGGGUAGCAGGACGCGCACAAUUUGGGAGUAUGACUCGAUUGCUGCAAGUUUCUUCGCGGCAGACGGCUGAUGAACUCCGGGUCCAUAAAACAUCACAAGUUGUUUAGGUGUCUGCUGGGAUGUUCUGACAGCAGUAGCUUCUCGAAACCCAAUCGCUGAGCGAAGGUCAAGAAUGGACCGCCCUUAUAAGAUGGUGAGUAGAUGCUGAACAAUGGAGAUAGGAAGUCGUGACUUACAUGGGCCACGAUCACCCCGCAGAUUCCAUCUGCCAUCAUCAACCCAUUCUCGGCCAACAGCAGGGCCUACAGUGAAUUGGGAACUAUCAACAGAGUACCCUGCUUCAUCAACGUACAGUUGGGUCCCUGGUGCUGCUGACUCGAUGUCCUGGCAGUAGUAGAGGCUUCCGAACUGUGAAAAUUUGGCCGCGGUCCACUUUUUUUUUCGGUAUUUGAAAAUUUGCAGACAUAUUUUGAUCCAAUCUUGCAGCUGAAGCGAGUCCCAGACUCGGGCGAGACGAAUACCCUGCACUCUUUCCAUUACAAUAUACUCCGCACCGACCGGAUUGCUUCUAUCAACCCGGAAAUUCCAGGCAUACACCUGCGGUGCCGGAGUCUGUAAAACAUUUCGCAUCUAUAAAAAUAUCACAUCAGAACACUGACCAAUAUAAUAAUGCCUGGAAUUUUUUGACGGCCUAACUUACAAAAUCCAUGGUGGCAACCUCGCUGGCUUUGGUGUAGUGCUCGAUGCCAGCGUUCGGGUUCGGGACCUUCCCAAUGACUUUCUUUACCCGUAUCCAUAGUUAGGAUGUAGGCCUUGUUGUAUAGGCCAUCGGGACAUUUCUCAAUUUUGACGCAUCGUGCAGCACCGACUGCCUGUGCAGCAAUCUCACCAAGCUGCUUGAGAUCGAACUGAAUGUACCGCUGUUUUAAUUGAUCGGUUUCCUCGUAUACAAAGCGACCUCGGGUGAACUGGAAUAAAUCCUUUUCUGCAUUCCAGUCUGUCAAACUUGAACUUAGCGGGGGUCACGAUGUAAAUAGUUUCCCUGUAUGUGCCAGAAGACUUGCUUGUCUUUCACCCCUGCACUCUUCUGGUUUGAGAAAAAUCUGGCGUACAUGAGAGAGGAUAUUGUGGCGGACGUAUUGCUUGCAAAAACAGAAUUUUCCCAGCACCCCCUGAAAAUUAGUAGCAAAACACCACAAAAAAAUCAAAAUAUCCAUGUUUCUCUAGAAUCAUUCAAUUAUC